AUGUCUACUGCAAGCCCUCAUAGGGUUCUGUCGACUCAGUACGGGCAUCUCUCCCCCUUUUCCGUGCGGCGCUCACCGGAUCCACAGGAACGAAGGAGACAGAUUCGCGAUGCUCAAAGAGCCUAUAGAUCGCGUCAACAAAGCCUACUUGAAUCUCUUAAGGAACGAAACGCACAACUGGAGAAUGUUAUCGGCCAACUCUCUGAGAUCAUGCACUCGUUCCAUGAAGCCAAAGCGAACCCACAUCUUCCGUUAUCAAACCUUUCAAAGGCGGUUGAUCUGCUCGAAGACGAGAUCACACUUCAAUUGAAACGUGCAGAAAAAUCUCCUUUAAGAGAAAAUCCUCAUAGCCCUACGCAAUUGCCAAUUUUCAAGGAAAGAAUGCAGAACCUUCUGGUUCAGCCUUCUUUGGUCCUGGCGAAGACAGGUUAUCCGCCGCCUUCCAUUAUAAAGCAAUCCGAUUCUCCGUUCUGGACAUCAUUUCUUCAAACAUCUCAUCCACUCAUCCCGAGUGCUGUGCGCACACCAAUCAACGCUUCUUUCGAUGUAUCUACAGCCACGCUGGGUCUCCACGACCAGUCAAUUCCCUACGCAACCACUCACUUCACACAAAAGCUCUUUCAGGCGUGUGCUGAAAGUGGCCAUCGCUAUCUAACAAAUGAGGCUGUUACUGAUCACGAAAUGUGGCAUGAAUUCGGUCUCAUGCUGCAAAAGGUCCCGAGGGCCCAAAUCACGUCUUACUUCCAACGAGUCCUAGCAGCAACACCCUGCAACCCUGUCGAGGACUUUCAGUUUCCGUUCAUUAGCCUCGGCGGUGCAGGUACACACUUUCCCCGCACAAAACGAAUGUCGAUCGGUGCAUCCGGAUUGCAGAAUCUACUUCCAUUCCAGACGACAAAUGGAAUUAUGGAACUGCCUUCCGAUGAGCAAUGGUUCGAUGUUCAUGACGUUGAGGGCUUCUUAUCAAGCCGAGGGAUCUUGAUGGAAUCCAACCGGUCGCUUCCGACAAAUCCUGAAUUGGCUGGCACACAAUCGAUGUCUCUGAGACCCUUGCAGCCUUCCUUUGAGCAAACCGUGGAAAAUGAAUACCUUUCUUUCGACCAGAAUUCUUCUAUAAUGCCGAAUUUGAGCAUAGAUGAGAGUUUUAUUAUCACAGGUAAAUACAAAACUUCUAAUAUUUAA